AUGUCGAGCCACUACCGGAAUCUGUCUCCCGGUCGAGGCAGACAGCACAUAGUUGAUCCCAUGCGAGCUUCAACUGGCAUGGUGGAACUCAACUCAGCCUACGACCCUUACGAUGCACCCAGACGGUACGAUUACGAAGAUUACCCUUCGGACACUGGAUAUGCCAGUGCCUACGGAUACCGCUCGGGACGUUCGUCCAAUCUCGAAGCUCACCCAGUUGCCUCCCGUCGAUUUCGCGAUCCGUCCUCGUCCGCGAAAAAGCGCACCGAAUACACCGUUCAGCCCCGCACUAGACACCGAAGCAAUACAACGACAGGAGCAGACCAUUACAAGACACCGGUGCAUCUGACUGUUCCAUCUACAUCUCGCCAGCAUCUUUCGCCUGUACACCAUCCACGCCACCACCGUGAUCCAAGCCCUCUUCCCGCAGAAUCCGGCCACCAUCUAGUCCCAGCUUCUUCUCGGCACCCCGCACACCGCCGGAUCCAGAGCACCGACUAUGCAAGCGAUACUGGCCACCGCGACUCACGACACUAUCCUAGACAUUGGGCCGGCCACAGUCCAAACUCGCAUCGUGCCCAUCCACCACCCCGAUCUGCACGCUAUCCAGCGUAUGAUGAAUUGAUGAAAGGCGACGAUAUCGAUCAUUAUGAUGCCUACUCAUACACAAACGCCCGUGAGCAAUUCGACCGGGACUACCCAGUCAAACCACGCCCUCGGGGGCCGAGAUACUCACUCGAUCGGCCGUCCAGCAUUACCGGCAUGGAGGACCCCCAGUGGACACGGAGAGACCGCCAUCAUGGCCCACCCCCGACUUCCUGGGGCCUUGACAAGCUGGGUCGUGAACGACCACGAGCCUCAACGCACGGCCACGAUGAUCAUCGGGAUCCCCACAGAUCGAACGAUGGAUUCCAGGAUCAGGCCCUAGUCGUCAUGCCUCAGGACUCCGAGGGUGAAUACACACCUCGGCGCGAUGAGCAUCGUCGGCGCCGCGCUCACCGGUCGCACCACGAAGGAGACCGGGGGCGCCAUAAUCCCGACGAUCGCCAUCUCAGGCUACAUGCUGGCGGCGCUCUUGCAGGCGUGGGACUCGGCACGGCAGCUUUGGGAGGCGGAUAUUCUGACAUGUCAGAAUACGAACAUUACCGCCCAUCACGGGGCAAGCAUAGACAUUCCCAUGAGCAAGAUGAGCGUAGCCACGAUGCUGUUCAGCCUCCAUCAAGGGAGUUGGUUGCAGCCACCCAAGCUCCCGAAAGAAGCAAGGACUACCUGGACCCCGCUGACGCCCAUCGUCACCGUCGAUCGCGGCGACACACCCAUCGGCGGACGCAUAGCGAUGUCGAGACGUCGGAUGAUGAUUUGCGAAAGUACCGACGUGAGCCUGCACGCCAAAUUCACAGCAGCACGGAUAGCGAAAGCGACCGCGACCGCGACCACAGUCGGGACCGCUCGCGGCAUCACAGGCGAGACCGAGACCGAGACUAUGCGCAUGGACACCGCUCUUCUCGCUCUCACCGCAUGCUAGAGGACGGUCAUGCUAUUGAUCCGCGACGACCGCCACCGAACGAUGCGGCUAAAGAUGACGCGAAAAGGCUUGUUGCUGUCGACCCGCCCAUGUCCUCUCCAAAGGAGCCCGAGGCCCCUCCCAAGGGGAUUCUAAAAGCUCCGCGCGAGGCAUUCCCGGAGGAACCCAAUCCAGUGAGAGAGGGCGUUGCUCCUCUCAAAGAUGCCACCAAAGAGGGGAUUCCGCCAGGAGCUCGGUGGACGAAGAUCGAUCGGCGUCUCGUGAACCCGGAGGCAUUGGAAGCAGGCAAUGAACGGUUCGAGGAGCGGCCGGAUUAUGUGAUUGUGUUAAGGGUUCUGAGCAAGGAGGAGAUUCAGCAGUAUGCUUUGAAGACGCAGGAAAUCAGAGAUACCCGGCACAAAGAGCAUCUACGCGAACGGCGCAAGUCCAGAGAUGAAAUCCAGCGCCAGGACGGCAAUACCUCCAGCGAUGAUGAAGACGAGAGUGACGAUGAGCCUCCAAGGCAACUCGAGGCCCCUCCUGCGCCAGACGCACCGAAGUUGUCCUUGCCGUCGCGGCCGCGCGCGUCGAGCAACUCUAUGCACGAGGCCGAGAGGCCGAGAGUGAUGCAUCCGUCCGCUGCGCAGGUGUAG